UAUAGAUAACAUCUACUGAAAUAUGGCUAAUAAUGUACCCAUUUAUCUAAAUGAGCUUAAUGAGGAUGCUUCUUUGAUUAAACCUGUGAUAUUUUACACCCCUCUCUUUUCACCAAUCACCACUGAAAAUCCAAAUAACUCAGUAAGCAAUGAUGAUGGCAAAAUUACAUCUUGUAGUAAACUGUAUUCUUCUGUCAUACAAAGGCCAAUGACAGAAUCCAAAUAUGAGGCAUAUGACAAUCGCCCAAUUCGAUCUCUUGGCAAAAACUUCUACAAGACUUUUGCAGACCCUUCUUUCAGCUGUUCCCCACCUCCAUUAUCAAGAAGUGAACCAACUGUCUACAAGAAGAAGAAGGUCAACCAGCAAUUGAUGAAUCAAGCUCUAAAUUAUGAUGAGGGCUGUCAUGAAAAAGUGUUGCCACUGUUACAUGAGAAGGUAAAAUCCAAUAGGCUAGGCAUAGAGAGAAAUUCAGAUAUAUUCAGAAUCACUCCAGGAAAAUUUACCAUUGUAUCUGCAGAAAGUAAUUUAUAUUUAGCAAGCUUGCACUGUGCAGCUACAUGUAUCCAGGCAGCAUGGCGAGGUUAUUAUUGUCGGAACUUUGUAUGUCACGUCAAAAACAUUCAGCUUGAGCUCAGAAACCAAAGAGCUGAGAAGCACAUCAAUAAGCUGAGUUCAGAUUUACAACGACAGCAGAUGCAAUGUGAUAAAAAAUCCAAUCUUCUGAGGCAGCUUAUGGAAAUUGUACAAGUUUUGUGCAACAAAUUCCAUCUGAAGCAAACACAUCUAUCAGCCGAUGAACAACCAGCUACCAAGAAAUUUCUAUCAGAAAUUGAUAUUUUAAAGGAGUCUUAUAACUCUCUUCAAAUACAAGUAAAACAUCUUCAUGAAACACUUCACACAUUUAUGAUGGGCAGUUUCAAGUAUUUUGAAGCAAAAAAUAAAGAUUCACCAAAGAUGUUCUUGGAAAACAAUGCAGCUCUUUGUUCUGGAAAAGAAAUUAAUGAUGGUGUUUGGGAUUCUAAAAGUAUUGAAUGUAAAAUUAAUGAAAGGAAUGAUUUAGUGAACCCAGUUUCUCAAGAAACAGUCCAUGAGACUUUCCCUCCAGCAGAUUUUACUCUUGUAUCAACAUCGAAAAAGACUGUGGUACUUUCUUGGAAUUUGGUAAAUGAUAUGGAAAAUUUAAGGGCAGAUAAACUUUUAGGUUUCAAAAUAUACAUUAAUGGGCAACCAAAAGCUCUUGUGCCUAAAUCACAGACUAGAAUUAUAAUUUCAGACUUAAUUCCAUCAUUAACUUAUAAAUUCAAUGUGACAACAGUAUCAGCAUUUCAAGAAUCCAAAAUGUCUCCAACAAUCAUUGCAGUUUAUCAUUGCCCUUUGGAGCCUUUGGAUGACAUGGAUGAAAACAUAGUGAAGAGAUCUUUCACUGAUUUAGAAGGAAGUUAUAUAAGUAAACAACACUUCUAUGAAAAACCUGAUAAUUUAGAGAAGAUAAUAGAAACAUCAAAUUCUACACAUCUACCAGAUGAAUUUAUGACAACAAAUUCAAACCCUACUUCUAUAUUAUUUCCAUUUUCUAGUCCAAAUCAAAAAGACAUUUGUAAACAGUCACAAACCACUAAUGAUAGAACUUCCCCUGAGACAUCACAUAGCUCAACUAACAAAACAGAUGUUAAACAUGACCAAUUUUUUAUUGAAACUUUAAAUAGUAUUACAAACUCAUGCUUUUCAAUACUCUCUGUAACUGAUGGACAUCAAACUCUUGAUAACUGGCCUAGCAUCUCAGUUGCUACUGCUGAAACUUCAGGAUCAGAUCAGAAAAAGAUGACUGUUGCAGAAACUGUAGAGCAACACUUCCUUCAGUGCAAAAAAAAUACCUUAACUCUGGAUUCUAAUGAGGGAAGAGUUAUUUUACAAGCAAAUCAAAGGAAAUCAUUAAGCUUAAGUGAUGUUGCUUCCAAUCCUACCAGUGAAGCACAUGGUUCUCUUCCCAAUCAAGAAAGUGCAUUGUCUUUAUCUUUGGGAUGAAACUAGAAAAGUUGGAGUUGAAUAAUUAAACUUAUUUUUUAGCUUAUGUGAAAGUGCCCCUGGUCAAUAUGCAAAUAUUAUAAUGUAAUUUCAGGUAGGCUGGUUAUUGUUAUAGUAGUCCAUGAUACCCAUUAAAAUGUAGCCUGGAGAAAAUCCAGCAAUAUCAUUUGUCUUUUGCCUUUCUUUUAGUUUUGAGAUCAUUAAAACACUUAUUGAAAAAUAAA